AUGCAAGUGUUUGAAAUAGAUAAUGUUAAGAUUUUUAAUCUCAGCGCUGGAAAAUCGUUACCAGACUGGUUGACGGAAAGGAAAAAACGUGCACUUUUAAAAAAAAAUGUGGACUUGCGAAGAAGGAUUGAACUCAUCCAGGAGUUUGACAUGCCUGGUGUUAGUACUAGCAUCCGGGCGUCCAAAGACGGGCAGUACAUAAUGGCGACGGGGAUAUACAAACCGCGAAUAAAGUGCUUUGAUGUCAACAACCUGUCUUUAAAGUUUGAGAGAUGUUUGGAUUCUGAAGUAGUUACUUUUGAGGUAUUAAGUGAAGAUUACACUAAGAUAGUAUUCCUACAAUGUGAUCGCUAUGUGGAGUUUCAUGUAGGUCAUGGAAGGCAUUACCGCCUCAGAGUGCCUCGUUUUGGCAGGGAUAUAGCAUAUCAUAGGCCAUCAUGUGACCUGUUUGUAGUUGGUACUUCUUCGGAAGUGUAUAGAUUAAAUUUAGAACUAGGCCAAUUCUUAGCUCCGUAUGUAACAAAAGCAACAGAAAUAAACUGCUGUUCAGUGAGUGAGGACCACGGCCUUCUUAUUCUUGGCACUGAGAGUGGACAUGUGGAGGCUUGGGACCCUCGAACAAAGUCAAGACAGGGAAUUCUGGACUGUGCUUUGCAUUGCACAGAUUCUGAAUACAAAAAUGACAGAGUGCCUUCAAUAACGGCACUUAAAUUUGAUGGUCCAUUAAGAAUGGGUGUUGGUACCUCAACUGGGCAUGUGCUACUGUACGAUAUUCGAUCUAGUAAACCUCUCUUAGUCAAAGAUCACAUGAACGAAAUCCCAAUUAAGAAAUUGGAGUUUCACAAACAAAUGGACUAUGUUUAUUCAAUGGAUUCUAGUGUGGUCAAGAUAUGGAACAAGAACACUGGCAAGCAAUACACAAGUUUAGAAUCAUCUGUGGAUUUCAAUGACCUGUGUGUGAUCCCCAACACUGGACUCAGCAUGAUGGCAGUUGAAGAUCAAAAAAUGCAAAUUUACUAUAUUCCUUCGCUAGGUCCUGCCCCAAGAUGGUGUGCCUUCUUAGACAAUCUUACAGAAGAAUUGGAGAGUUCAGCAGCCCAUACUGUAUAUGAUGACUAUAAAUUCGUGACAAAACAGGAAUUAGAGGGACUUGGCUUAGAUCAUCUGCUUGGUACAAAUCUCUUGAGAGCCUAUAUGCAUGGAUACUUUGUAGACAUACGAUUGUACAAGAGAGCUAAGUCAAUAGCAGAUCCAUUUGCAUUUGAGGAAUACAAAAAACGCAAGAUCAGGGAAAAAAUAGAACAAGAACGACCAUCGAGAAUCAAAAUUGACGACAACUUGCCAAAAGUCAAUCGCGACCUUGCAUCUCGCCUUAUGGACGAUGGAGGACGCAAGAAGAAGGAAUCCACUAAUCUGCUUAAAGAUGAUAGAUUCAAGGCAUUAUUUGAAAACCCCGAUUUCGAAGUGGAUAACACAGCUGAAGAAUAUCGACUACUAAAUCCUGUUCUUUCAAGGCUUGAUAAGAGCAAAACCAAGGCUAAGAAACAGGAAUCUGAAUCUAUGGAAGUUGAAGAAGUAGCAGAGAAAGAUUCAGAUGCGGAGCUUUACGAAUCUAGCGAAGAAAGUUCUGACGAAGAUAGGUCUUGGGUUAAAGAGGUCAAGAAACAACACAAGAUUAUCAGACACAAGAGACAAGCAGAGGACGACACAGAAACACCUGAUAAUGGAGAAGUUUACGAAUUCAGUAAAGCACCAAAAGCACAUAAUAUCAAGAGUUUAACGAAAGUUAGUAAGACAAGCUUGGGAGAUAGAUUAGCCAAGGAAGGAUUCUCCACAAUUGUAACCGGAACAGGUGGUAAUAGAGAAAUGAGAUUCAACAUGAGAGGGAAUAAAUUUGAAUCUGAAAACCGCAAGAAAAUAAAGAAACAUCAUCAAGAAAGAAAACAGAUCGUCAGAAAGACGGGAUUUUUAACAAAAAAGAAACUACCUAAAAUAGGCGCGAUGGAUGUUGACCCUCAUCGUACUGGUUGUGAGUCAAUCGGACAUAGUUAUAGAAAUUUUCGUACACUGCAAAAUGACAACGGAUCCUACGGCAGCACAAGUGAUCUCCUGGACGGCCAUGUGUUAGGGAACGACAAGUUGUACGCGCCCACUAUGCAGCGAUCGAACAGAUCCAGUCUCGAUGCCAACAGUGUUGAUAUAGGUGAAAUAACGGAAUCCCCUGAUACGGAAUAUAUGAGUACGUCAGCAAUAUUACAUUACUGUAAAUCUAAGAUAUUAGUGCCAUACUUAAAGUUAUUAACAAUAAUGGGCUUGCGGCCCGUUGUGGAUGUAUCCAAUUCAUCUAAAUGUACGAUUUGCCUUUCACACUUUCAUUCGGCGCAAGUAGCCGUACUCAUGAGUUUGGGGUAUAUUUUGCAGUAUAUGGCUUGUUUCAGGAGAGAUCGAGGCUUUUGCUACAAAUUAGUGCCAUUAGCGCUGACGUCCUCGUUAGAAUAUGAUACUUACAAGCAAGUUUGUUACGGAAACGUAACUUUCACAUAUAUCGGUCCGAGCGUAUUACAUUUCGUGGGGUUUUUGUACGCCCUAUAUUUGUUCAGGAUAUCUGAUAAUGAACAGUUGCAAAAUUUAAUGGAGAGGGUGUUUCUGUUAUCCUCAUAUGCCCCGCAAGGCACGCCAUCAGCAAAACCGAAGCGGUUGUUACGCAUGCUGUGGUUCUUCAUCAUUCUUAGCAUUCUGUGGAUGGGCCUUUCCCUCGUCUCCGUGAACCUCAUGAUGACUAAAGGAUCGAUCAUGUUUCGAUGGAUGGAAACCAGUUCCGCGGAAAUCCUUCUCACAUUGAAAAUUCUGCUGAUUAUUUGCACAUUAAUCCAUGACAUGGUGCAGGCCACCAUCAUCACUAGCUACUGCCUCCAGGCUCAACUUCUGCAGGCACACCUCAUGUUCCUUAAGGAACGUCUACUUAAUAGAACCAUUACUCCACUUAAUUGGAUGAGAGAAAUAGCAGAGUUCCGAAAACUGUUGAAAUAUUUGAACAACGACCUGGCGCCGGCGGUUUGUUUGUUUAUUAUCGUCAAUGUAUCCUGGGCUAUAUCAGGGGUGCUGUGGCUUCUGAGUAUUGAUAAGAUUGACACGGAAACUGAACCUAUUGCGGGCAUCAGCGUACUCAACCAGUUACUUUGGCUUUCAGCGGUAGCUGUGCCUUUUAUCCAGGCGGCGAGACUAUCCAAAGAAUGUCGACGAACACAGUCAGUCGGGCAUGAGCUCUGCGUACGACCGUUCCUUCAUCAAGACACUCCCCACGAAGACAUAACCACGGUGAUGCUUUACGCUUCCACCCUAAAGUUGCGCGCUAAACUUUUUCACUAUCCUAUUGCUGGACGAUAUGUAUGUCUUGUUAUUACUCUUACAAUAGUUAUAUUAUUCUCACUAGGAAUGUGCCACUUAUUACAAUAAAUGCGUGGCAAUUCUUCCCGUACAUAUAAUUGUAAGUAAUUAAUUUUAAUUUAGCAAUAAAUUAUAUUUUUUGUAGCCGAUUUUGUCAAUAACAUUUCUUUUAAUGAAUUCGUUGCAUUGUGGGCGUUGCGUUGAACGUGGAGGCCCGGGUUCGAUUUCCGGUAGGAUCAAUUUGGGAAAUGUUUUUUGGUAAAUUGGUUCUGUUCUGCUUAUACUAGGUAUUACAGUGCUCCGUUGCCCUUUUAAUCAUAGUACAAGGAAUUCAAUAGUUUGAGGCCAGGUAGUUGGUGCCCGGCACAUUAUUAUGGAUAUCUAUUUUAGACUAGCCUCUCCCAUGGCCUAAAAGGUUAAUAUAGAAAUUUUAAAUGGGAAAUGUAUUCUCCAGCAAUGACACAGCAGGUUAAGGUCAGGGACUCAAAUUCACGAACCGGCGACACGCCUCAGAAAUCCAAUCGCCUCAAGCUGCUAGCGAGGCAAACUUAUUACUAUUAUUUUGACCUUGUGCGCACAGAACCGCAUUUCAUAUUAAAAUGUGUUUUU